AUCAGCAACCGCAAGUAGCCUUCAAAAAGAUAUCUCGAAGUUUCGCAAUGAGUCUCAAUCACGCAUUUUCAAAGAAAUUCCAGAGAUUCUGCCGACUCCGUGUCUCAUCCCCGAUCCUGUUAAGCCGCCGAACAUCGACGUCUGGGCAAUCCGUUUUUCCACACAUUAAAUGCAACCACACCGGGAAAACGCCCAAGCCCACGAUGCCCCAACCUCAAGAUCCCCAAACAAAGACACAAACCCCUCUUCCCCUUCCCUCUCCAGAGGACGUUCGCUCCUCCAAUUCCACGACGCUAGAUGCCAGCGGCGGCGGAUCAACCGUAAAACUCGACCAUCUGGGACCGCUCGUGGUCAACCAAGAUGGGAGCUUGAAUCGCGUCGCGAAUUGGGAGCAGAUGACAGAAGUGGAACGGCAGAACACGGUGCGGGUGUUGGGAAAGCGGAAUAAGCAGCGGAUGGAGAAGUUGAGGGCGGCGGAGGCGGCGGAGGAGGAGGAGCAGACGAAGGGGGAGGGGAAUUGAGAUGAUGGGUCCUUUAUCGGGGGCGAUGGUGUUGCAGCAUUUUCCAAGCGGAGGAGCGAAAUUGAUUCCAGUGGAUAAACGGGAAUCCGUUAGCUCUGGGGCGUUUGGCGUAUCUCAGCGAUGGUUGAUGAUGGCGAUGUCGAGAAGCAGGAGUUGAGGGUGAGCCUUGAUGAGACGAAUGGGAAUUUGAUAGGGAGCAUUCAAGAUCCAAAUAUCCAC